AUGAUUGCAUCCCAUCAAUCCCACCCGAGUCGAAUCACAGAGAAAAAGAGAGACAAGCCCAGGAACCCCAAAAACAAAAUAAGCUUUUGGUCGCUGGCGAUUAAUGCGGAUGGACAAUCAGCAUUUUGUUAUAUACUGUAUCCUGUGCUGUUUGUGUCUCACUUGGUUGGAGUAAAAACUAGGAACAUGGAAGACUUGAAUACUCCACAUUCAAUGGGAAGUGGACAUCAGCAUCCAAUGAACCACACUAGGCCAUUUUUCUACGUGCAACCACCUUCUCAACCUUAUUUCUUAUACCAAUGGCACAUUAACAAUUCCUACAGUCACUGUGGCUUUCCUGGGUCAGGUUUACCCUAUGGGCGACCUUAUUUGCCUCCUUAUCCGUACAUGCAAUAUCCAGGAUAUGUUGUCCCACAGGCACCAAUUCAGCCAAUGGACUAUAGAAGAAUGUUUAAUCCCCACUUUCCAUCCACUGGGACUUCUGAUCUACGAUAUAGAUGCCACCAGACACACAUGCGACGGGAAACUGCUUGCUCAGAGGUUCAGACUGAGCCCAGUGAAGCAGUAGAGAAGUUAAUUAAAUGUUUUGGUAAAAUGGAGACUUGUGAUCCAGGUAAUGAAAAAGAAUUGGAUUCAGGCAUGGUCUCCCAAAGUUCUGGAACAUGUUUGCAGCCUGAUGAGCAGAAACCAUUUUCUCUGUAUGGGCAAACUGGUCUACCGCAGAGGAGUGUCCCUUCGAGAAAAAACUCUGGAGAGAAGCCACCAUCCCAUAAGCUUUGCAUUGAAUCAAGGCAGGACAGGCUGGAUGACCUGGCCCAUCGUGAAGAGUGGUCUGUUAGUUCCUGUGAAGGUGUUCUACCACUCGAUAGCUCUUCUGUUCACGAAGACCAUGUCCUACAAAAUGUGUAUUCUCAAGAACAAGAGGAACAAUGUGUACCAGCGUUGCCUGACACAAACUGCCUUUCCAAAGUGCAAGCUGACAAUGGUUCAGUUUGUUCAAAUUGGGAAAACACAUUUCCUCAUGAUGGCAAAAGCCAACCUGAAAAGGUGAUAAGGAAGGGCCACCUCCAAGGUGUUGAGCAGAACUGUGAAAUUGCCUCGAAACCAACUAGUGAUUCUUUAUGGACUGAGCCAUUGACACCUUGCUUGCCUUCUGCCAGUUGUCUUGUUUAUGAAGAUAUUGAGCAAGAUGGCAAAAGUGGGUUCAAAAAGCCCAUUCCACUUCUGAAAAGUCCAGACAAAGCAGGAGACCAUGAAAUUGCAGAAAAGCAUUUGCCCAGCAGCGAGGAUUUGAAGUUCAGAAUCAUGAAACUGCCUUUUUACAUCGAAGGAGAGCUGCAAAAGGACAGUCCCCUGUGGUCUGUGGAUUCACUUAACUCUCUUGUUCCCCCUGUAAGUUGGCUUUCUGCAAUUGGGAGUGCAUAUUGCAGCUACUAUCCACAGGCUGCACAGGAAAGGCAGAGUGUCCUCAGUGCAUCUCUUGAUGAGCUUUCCUCGAGGGAUGAGAUGUUCUCAACAGAUAUGGAAGAUAUUGAUAUAAUGCCUAGUCAUGUUUACAAAGGAGAGAGAGUUGAUCAUGCCACAAGUAAGAUGCAGGAGCAUGCUGAUGGUGAAGACUACCACAAUUGUUCCUUGAAUGACGAGGAGUGCCUAGUUCUUCCUAAAAAGAAAACAUGUGCAACCUGUGGAUCUCGUUUAUCCAACGAAAUGGUGAAAAUCAAAGUUGCAGUGCCCAACCUUGAUGACAAUGAAGAGGAGGAUGAGGUUAUUGAUGAAGAGGCUUCAGAAAUGCCAAAGAGUCAUGAGCCCCUGAAAGCUUCCAGUUUAAAAAAGACACCCCCUCCAAAAAGACCCCCUCCGCCAUGUACUGCUGCAGUACCGUUUCCAAAGCAAAAAUCAAAAAAAGGCUCUUCUGAAGAAGCUGAGGGCUCUGCUUGUCAUGAGGAGCAAGAACUGGGCUGUCCUGAUAUAGAUGAGGAGCACAAGACCAUGUCCAAGGUAGAGAAGUUUAAAGGUCAAGAACAAAAAAAUGUUUCACAGAAACAAAUGGAGAGACUGUGUUGUGAAGGCACAGCGACUGCAUCUGACCAGGAGAGUUGGGAGAGUUAUGGAGCCAGACCAAGGAAUAAGCCUUUGAAACCAAAUCCACAACCAAGGGGAAGAGGCCAAGAAAGACCUCAAAGAAAAAGGCUACCUUGCAAGACUGUAUACCAGAGUUCCAAGAGAAAUGAAUAUGAUGAGAAUGAAGAGGGGGAGUUUCUGAGGAAUCAAAGGGGCAGAGGAUAUGGCAAGAGGAGGGGCACAAGAUACUGAAGUUUCACACUGCAGGACUUGACACGAAUAUACACGGAGCACAGUAUAUUAAUGUUAAUGAACACGUGUUUUUGCAUUUUGAAUAUAUUAGACAGCAGAGAACAACUUGCUGCAAGGACUUAAAAUAAGAGCUGUUUGCACCGAUCAGUAUUGCCAAGCUCAUGUCUGUUUAGCAGCCUUCUCAUAGAGCACUCGACUAAAAGUGAUCUGUUCAGUCUCCACAGUUGUACACCUGCUGCGAGGGUUCUCGGGGAGGGGGAGAUCCCUGCCUUUAUAGUAUUAAAUUCUCAUUUUUUUUUUUUUUUUUUUUUGUUUUGAGACUUGCAGUAACCCUGUUCUUUCCCUCUGCAUGAAUUGGACAGACUGCUCCUUGAAUGGCUUUCAACAGGGUUUUGGGCAGUGGAAAUACAGCGAGAGAUUAGAAUUCCUGAAAAGUGAACUUGUCAGCUGUUAAACUGACCUAAACAACAUCUUGUUCAUUUGUUAUGGUGCAGGUAUUUUAAGCAUUAAUGUUGAAAUGUACACAUUU